AUGCGUGCUUCGGGGUCAGUGUUUGCCCUGCGCAGGCUCAGUGCGCAUGCGUGUUUCAGACCAGGAAAGAGCGGACGGCGCCACAGCUGCCCCGGAUCCACGCGUCUCUUUUGUCUGAAGAAACUUCCAGCGCGAACCUCGUCAAUGUCGACGGUGCUUUUACUGAGAGCCGCCGUGAAGGAGCGUCUGUCUGCGGCCGUGGAGGAGGUCUGCGCCCUGGUGGAGAGGAGCAUAGCGGAGUAUGAGGAGGAGCUGAGGAGGAGCAUACAGAACCAGAGGAACAUCGCGGAGUAUGAGGGGGAGGAGGUGAGAGGCUGGGACCAGGAGGAGCAGGAGGAGGAGCAGAGGAGGAGAGAGGAGCGGCUGGAGGCGCUGCUCUGGCCCGCAGGAGGAGCAGCAGGAGGAGCAGCAGGAGGAGCAGCAGGAGCUCUCCCGCCUCCAUUACAUUUUAAAGCGGUUUUCUUUCGGACGCUGUCGGUGCGGCUCUAG